AGAGAGAGAGAGAGAGAGAGAGAGAGAGAGAGAGAGAGAGAGAGAGAGAGAGAGAGCAAUCUAGCUCACUGGCUGGCCAUCGCGACACACUCGCACACACACAUACACACUCACACUCAGCCACAGUGAGCUGCAGGGUAGACUGUGUGUGUGCGUGUACCGUGUACUGCUGCAGAAAGCGACCAGAAGAAGGAUUAAACGAGAGUGGAUUGUAUAAUUUUUGUCGUCGAAUGAAGGAAUACAGCUCGUAAUUGUAUCAGAAAGUGUUUGGACGGAUUUCGAGAGAGUAUUUUUCGCUUACUUUGGAGUUUUGGAGAACCCGUGUGGAGAUAUGGACAUUCGGGAUCCCUCUUACUGCAGGGCUCGCCUCGCCGGUAGUGUCGUUCGCUUAGAAAGGGGAUUUUAAAAACUCGAUCGUAGGGAGUUUCGAAAGGAUAUUUGAUGAAGCGCUUUCUGUUCUGUCCUAACUCUAGGAGUGCUGGGAUUUACCGAGAAUCUGGAGCAACCGAGGCCGUUGUUUUCGUAGCUUUCCCCGCGUUUCAAAGAACUCACGGUUCGGGAUCAGCAGCGCGGAGAACAUGGAGACUGUAAGUCGCCAAAGCUUUCAACCUCACCCUGGUCUCAAGCAGACUCUCAAACAGUUCCACUUGAGCUCUAUGAGUUCUCUGGGAGGACCGGCGGCAUUCUCUGCCCGCUGGAACCAUGAGAUUUUAUUCAAGAAAGAGGGCAAAGAGCCGGAGCCCGUCCUUCAUCUGCCGAUGCAGCCGCCGCCGGUGAUGCCGGGACCCCUGUUCAUCCCGUCCGACCGCUCCACCGAGCGCUGCGAGACGGUCCUGGAGACCGAGACCAUCUCGUGCUUCGUGGUCGGCGGCGAGAAGCGGCUCUGCCUGCCGCAGAUCCUCAACACCGUGCUGCGGGAUUUCUCCCUCCAGCAGAUCAACUCGGUGUGCGACGACCUGCACAUCUACUGUUCGCGAUGCACCGCCGACCAGCUGGAGAUCCUCAAAGUUAUGGGCAUUCUUCCCUUCUCGGCCCCUUCCUGCGGGCUGAUCACCAAAACGGACGCGGAGCGCCUCUGCAACGCCCUGAUCUACGGCGGCACGUACCCGCCGCACUGCAAGAAGGACUUCGCCGGGCCCCUGGAGCUGGAGCUUACCGAGAAGAGUUUCAAAGUGUACCACGAGUGCUUCGGCCGAUGCAAGGGGCUCAUGGUGCCCGAGCUGUACACCAGCCCCAACGCCGCCUGCAUCCAGUGCAUGGACUGUAGGCUCAUGUUCACCCCGCACAAGUUCGUGGUGCACAGUCACAAAUUGUUGGAGAACAGGACUUGCCACUGGGGCUUCGACUCCGCCAACUGGCGGGCAUACGUGCUCCUCAGCCAGGAUUACAACGGCAAAGAGGAGAAGGCACUCCUGGAGCAACUCCUGGAUGAAAUCAAGGAGAAAUUCGACUUUGCAAACAAGUACAAGAGGGAAGCACCAAGGGGUCUUGAACAACACAGUCCGGUGAAGAAGCCCAAGCAUGAAGACUUCCCGCCGCCCUGCCCCUCGGAGAAGGACAAGCAACCCGACUGGCUGCGCUCGCUCUCCGCCAAGGGUCUUAACUGCUUGCCACCUCGUCAGAGGCCCUCCGCCUUCAGGCCCUGGUCCCCCAGCAUCUCCAGCGACAAGGAGGCCCCCAGCCGACCCCUGGCACUGCUCAGAGACAGCUUCUACAGCUACAAGGGCCUGGAGAGCUCGGUGGCCCCCAACGUGGCCCUGACCCCCCUGCCCCUCCAGAAGCAGCUGGAGCAGAUCUCGCCCCUGGCCACCGCCAACAACAACAGUGACGAGAGGUCGCGACCCCGGAAGAGGAAGCUGAGCGGCGUCCUGGAGAGAGACCUGCCCAUCGCCACCCCGGACCCCCCUGCUCCUCCCGCUCCUCCUCCUCCACCACCUCCAUCCUCAUCCUCAUCCUCAUCCUCCUCCUCAGCUCCCAUCAACUCCUCCUCCCCCUCCUCCUCCUCCUCCUCUGCGUCUCCCUCCGUCACAGCCACGGCUUCGGCCAGCAAGGCACCACCUCCUCCUCCUCCACCACCACCACCUCAGGAGGACAAGAACGACUCGGAUGUGGACGUUGAGAUCGAGAGCCGCGAUGAGUUCACCUCCUCCAUGUCCUCACUCUCCUCCCCCUCCUUCACCUCCUCCUGCUCCUCAGCCAAGGACCUCAGCUCCCCCUGCACCCAGGGCCCUCCCCCCCUCAGCCUCAGUGCCACCAUCACCUCCCAUGGCUCCCUGGACCUCAGCAACAGCAGCAGCAGCAGCACCACCAACAGCAUCAGCCAGCCAGGAGGACUUGGAAGCGGCCUGGGUAGUGGCGGCGGACUUGGAAUCAGCCUGGGCCUGGGUGGUGGUGUUCCUCCACCUUCCUCCUCCAUCACCACCACCACCAACACCACCCCUGGAGUAGGAGGAGGAGGGCUCCUUCAGGGGGGGCUGGAGGCGUCGGCGGCGGUGGCGGCGUCGGUGGCGGCCCCCGCGCUGGAGUCGGAGCUGGAGAGCCUGCGCAUGGCGCUGGACGGCGGCCUGGACUCCAAGGAGGCCAAGGAGAAGUUCCUGCACGAGAUCAUCAGGAUGCGCGUCAAGCAGGAGGAGAAGCUGGGCUCGGCGCUGCAGGCCAAACGCAACCUCCAGCAGGAGCUGGAGUUCCUGCGGGUGGCCAAGAAGGAGAAGCUGCGCGAGGCCACGGAGGCCAAGCGCAACCUGCGCAAGGAGAUCGAGCGGCUGCGCGCCGACAGCGAGAAGCGCAUGAAGGAGGCGGGCGAGGCCCGGCUGCGGCUCAAGAGGGAGCUGGAGCAGGCACGGCUGCUGCGCGUCUGCGACAAGGGCUGCGAGGCCGGACGCCUGCGCGCCAAGUACUCGGCACAGAUCGAGAACCUCCAGGUGAAGCUCCAGCAGGCGGAGGCGGACCGAGAGCAGCUGCGGGCGGACCUGUUGCAGGAGCGGGAGGCGCGGCAGCACCUGGAGAGGGUGGUCAAGGAGCUCCAGCAGCAGCUCUGGCCCAAGCCAAGCGACAAAAUGGCCGCCGCCACCGACAAAAUGGCCGCCGUCGAGAAGAUGGCUAUUGAUACACACAGCAAAGAUGGUGGAAAGGACUCCGGCAUCUAAACACAUGGAUGCAUGCACACACAAACAUACCGUACACACACACACACACACACACAGGAGGAGAUACAUAGGAGAUUACACACACACACUCUCACACACACACACACGAGUAAGACACAUGGCAUACACAGAUAAGAGGAGAUACACACACAGAAAGUAGACACAUCCAUAGACCAGAUGCAAGUAUAUACAUGAACACAGACAUCGUCACACACAGAGACAAGUUCCCAAGUCCCCCAAAACAAAAACACAGUCACACAGAGAUUGCUCAAAGACACCCACACACACACACCCUCACAGCACACACAAACGAUAGACAGAGACACAUACUCAUGUGAGGAGAUAUUGAAAAUGCUCCACUCCUCUGGAGUAACGUAACGUACCUGCUAAGAAAGCAGGGGGACGGCGACAGAAGCAGAGCAGAGAUACGCAAAAGCACGCAGCACGAACACGGAGGACAGGACAGCGGAUGGACGGCACAGGGGUCCCGUUUCUCGAUUCUUGUCGUUGUUAACCGUCUUAAGACCUGUCUCAAGACGUAACACCAUUCCCUUGGAUUUACUAGGUGAGCGUCGCUGUCGAGAGAGAGUUGAGUCGAGUCGCUCUUACGACGGACGUUGCUACCGUCGUUAGUAAAAGACGCUUUCGAGAUACGGACCCCAGGCACAGACACAGACACAGGCACGUUUGGACAGGGCAGGCAGCAGCAUGAAUAAGUGUCUGUCUGCUAGAACUACGGACUAUGGACAGGCAGACAGACAGACAGACGGACAGAUAUGGAGGACUAUGGACAGACAAACAGACAGAGCCCUGUGGAACACGGUGGAAUGCUCAUGCUUGUUUUAGGAGAACGGACAUUUUGCGAGCUCUCAAGUGGGCCGACACACAGUACACAUCCAGACCCACCCAUCCAUGUAUACACACACACACACAUACACACACACACACACACACACACACACACACACACACACACACACACACACACACACACACAAACACACACACGCACACACACGCACACACAAACACACAGACACUGGUGUGUCGCAGAACGUGAGAACGUGCCGGCGCGAGAACUUAUUCUUUUUUUCCCUCUUCUGUCUGUCGGGGGAAGUUCUGUCACUGUGGGAACGGAUCCUGGUUUCUGCAGAGGUUGUAGUAGUGGCGGCGGCGGUGGUGGGAGGAGCUUAUUUUUGGACCACACCCACUCUGCAGUGUUCUUCUUGUUCUCUCUUUUCCGCCUCCUGGAGAAAUCUGAUGACUGUGCUGCGAGCUAUUUAAAAGACUGCAGAACAUGUGUGAGCGUACGGGUGUGUGCACGUUUCCCCCCCCCGCUCUCUCUCUCUCUGGUUUUUCGUGUGUGUGUGUAUGUGUGCAUGUGCUGUGUGUGUGGCGAAAAUAACGAUGAAUUUGUCUGAGCUUCAGAAUCAACGCAACUGCAGCCAGAGAGAACGAAUAAUUGAAAGGUUUACAGUGUGUGUGUGUGUGUGUGUGUAUGUGUGUGUGUGUGUGCGUGUGUGUGUGGCUCAGGGGCUUGGUGAGAUGCUGCUCCCCGCCUAAAAGAACAAAAGAAAAAACUGUUGAUGUCUCGUCAUGACUGGCGAAUCAAGUUUCACCCAUCUCUACGCAGGAAUGCAUGCAUACACAGACACAGACACACACACACCACAUGUACACACCACAUGUACACACUUGCACAGGCAAACAUACAAUCUGGUCAUUAUACGUCGGUGUGUAUUUUGGGUCAAACCCCACGGACGUAUCUUUUAAAGAUGUGGUUAUGAUUAAUUGUGAGCAUGUGUGAUACACACGCACACACAUACACACCUUAACACACACACACACACACAAGUACACACACUCUGCUUUACUUUUCAGAGCUGUGUGUUGGCGUGAUGUGGCUCCCUUUUAAAAUCUUAACCAGCAAUUUCAUUGACUAACAAUUUUUUAGGAGUGGCUGUGACUCCAUUUAUAAAAACAGGAGAAAAAAAAAACUCAGACAUACAAACGCAAACACACAUACAUUUACACAUACACAUAUGCAUACUUUCAUGUCCACACACACA